AUGGCGCCGGUGGAGACGACGGCGGUGACGGUGGAGGAGGUGAUGAGGACGCAGCGGGCGGAGGGCCCGGCGACGGUGCUGGCCAUCGGCACGGCGACGCCAGACAACUGCGUGUCCCAGGCGGACUACGCGGACUACUACUUCCGCGUCACCAAGAGCGAGCACCUCGUCGACCUCAAGAAGAAGUUCAAGCGCAUGUGCGAUAACUCGAUGAUCCGGAAAAGGUACAUGCACCUGACCGAAGAUAUCAUCCAGGAGAACCCAAACAUUGGCUCGUUCAUGGCGCCGUCGUUGGACGCGCGCCAGGACAUCCUGGUUGCCGAGAUCCCGAAGCUCGGGAAGGCGGCGGCGGAGAAGGCGAUCAAGGAGUGGGGCCAGCCAAAGUCCAAGAUCACCCACCUUGUGUUCUGCACCACCUCCGGCGUGGACAUGCCGGGCGCCGACUACCAGCUGGUCAAGCUGCUUGGCCUCCGGCCAUCGGUGAGGCGCGUCAUGCUGUAUCAGCAGGGCUGCUACGCCGGAGGCACGGUGCUGCGCGUGGCCAAGGACCUCGCGGAGAACAACCGUGGCGCGCGCGUCCUCGUCGUCUGCUCGGAGAUCAUCGCCAUGUGCUUCCGUGGCCCCUCGGAAGCCCACAUUGACUCGCUGAUCGGCCAGGCGCUCUUCGGAGACGGAGCGGCCGCGGUGAUCGUCGGUGCCGACCCUGACGUCCCCAUGGAGCGGCCGUUGUUCCAGCUGGUGUCGGCUAGCCAGACCAUAGUGCCCGGCACGGAUGGCUUCAUCGAAGGCCAGCUCCGGGAGCUAGGGCUCACCUUCCAGCUCCACAAGGACGUGCCCCUGGCCAUCUCGAAGAACAUCGAGAGCGCGCUAGUGGCCGCCUUCGCGCCGCUGGGCAUCAACGACUGGAACUCCAUCUUCUGGGUGGCUCACCCUGGUGGGCCGGCGAUCCUAGACAUGGUGGAGGCGGAGGCCAAUCUCGACAAGAAGCGGAUGCAUGCCACCAGGCACGUCCUCUCUGAGUACGGCAACAUGUCCAGCGCGUGCGUCCUCUUCAUUUUGGACGGGAUGCGUAAGCGCUCGGCCGAGGAAGGCCAAACCACCACUGGGGAGGGCUUGGACUGGGGCGUGCUCUUCGGCUUCGGCCCUGGCCUUACCAUUGAGACCGUCGUGCUCCACAGCGUCCCCAUCACUGCCCCAUGA